GUUUUGUCUUGAAGCGCUCCUACAUCAGAAUGGCCGCACAUUGAGACUUCGGUUUAAGAAUCACAACUGCAAAAUCGUACUGUUCAAGAUAUGGUUGAGGUCACAAGCCAGCAAGGAGUCAUCCUUGCUUUGGUGUCUCUGGUCACACUCGGGUUCGUUUCUGCUAUCUGCCUGGGCUGUAGAAAGAAAUCCAAGAUAGUUCAGGAGGAUAACCAGCUUUAUAUUCCACAAAUAUUUCAGCGAGAGGGGAGCAGAUUCGCUGUGACAAGAUCAAAAACAGUGACGAGGCCUAACCAGAUCACCUCAGAGGCGUCUCCGACUGUGGGGAACAGUGCACGUGCAUCUUAUGUCCAACCACAGGCUGUUGAGGACAUCCAGUGCAGUUACCAGAACAUUUCCAAGUCUUGUUGUGGAAGUCUGGAACCGACUUAUGUACAUCCAAUUCCAACCCCACCUCCUCCAGACGAGUUUACAGACACCGAUAUAGAUGGUGCUGCAUAUGAGAAUGUUUUUCCAACAAAAAACAUUGACCAUGACUCGGACAGCGAGGAUUAUGAAAACGCUGAUUUCCUCAAAAUCAAAGAUGAUGAUGAUGAACCCGAUUAUGUGAACACUCAGUCCAACUAAACCAACAUCUUUAUUGUUAUGAAAACUUAAGUUAACUUAUUAGAGUAUUAGAUCUAUUUUUACUUUAAUGUUAGGCAGUUAGAUGGAGAGUAAACAAUGUCUGUCCCUCUUGUGAAAGUAUGUAACAAAACGCUUUGUAAAAGAACAAACUUAAUAAUAAACUAUUGUGCAUAUUGUGCAUUCUGUGCACUACACGGAAAAUAAAGUCAUCAUAAACCUGCUGAAAA